UCCGGCAAUAGUAACGGACCCCUCCCUGGCACCCCAGCAAGAUGCCGGCUGAGGGGGAGGAACGCGGGGCAACUGACGACACGGGAUCGCGGUCAGCCAAGCAUAACCCCGCCAACUCUACUUAAGCUUGAGCCCCCCAAGCUUCCCCCUUCUCCCGGAUCCAGCUCAACCAGAUUCCCAUCAUCCCAAUCCAUUGACCGUUAGAUUUUAACUCUAAUAGCCUCUACGCACUCGCCUUCAUUCUACCCCUCUAUAUCCCCUUUAUAUUUUCAAGAUGGUCAAGGCCGUGGUUGCUGGUGCCUCUGGCGGUAUUGGUCAACCGCUCUCCCUUCUUCUGAGCCUCUCCCCGCUCGUUGACGAGCUCGCCCUGUACGAUGUUGUGAACACUCCCGGUGUCGCUGCCGACUUGUCCCACAUCUCCUCCAAGGCGAAAACCACCGGCUACCUUCCCGCCAAUGACGGCGCCAAGGCCGCCUUCAAGGAUGCCGACAUCAUUGUCAUCCCCGCUGGCAUUCCCCGCAAGCCCGGCAUGACCCGUGACGAUCUCUUCAACAUCAACGCUGGUAUCGUCAAGGGCCUCAUCGAGGUUGCCGCCGAGGUCGCCCCCAAGGCUUUCAUCCUUGUCAUCUCCAACCCCGUCAACUCUACUGUCCCCAUCUCCGCCGAGGUCCUUAAGUCCAAGGGUGUCUUCAACGCCCAGCGCCUCUUUGGUGUCACCACCCUCGACAUCGUCCGCGCCGAGACCUUCGUUGCUGAGAUCGUCGGCAAGGCCAACCCUCAAGAGCUUACCGUACCCGUCAUUGGUGGUCACUCCGGCGAGACCAUCGUCCCUCUCUUCAGCAAGGUCACUCCUUCCGUCACCAUCCCGGAUGACAAGUACGAUGCUCUUGUCAACCGCGUCCAGUUCGGUGGUGAUGAGGUCGUCAAGGCCAAGGAUGGUGCCGGUUCUGCCACCCUCUCCAUGGCCUAUGCCGGUUACAGAUUCGCUGAGAAGCUCCUGAAGGCUGCUGCUGGUGCCAAGGGCCUCGUUGAGCCCAGCUACGUCUACCUCCCCGGUGUCCCCGGCGGUAAGGAGAUUGCCGAGAAGACUGGUGUCGACUUCUUCUCCGUCCCCAUUGAGCUCGGCCCCAACGGUGCCGAGAAGGCUAUUGACAUCCUUGGCGACAUCACCGAGAAGGAGAAGGCCCUCCUCGCGGCCGCCGUGUCUGGUCUCAAGGGCAACAUCUCAAAGGGUGUCACCUUUGCCCACAACCCUCCCCAGAAGUAAACAAACCCCCAUAUCCAAAAAUUUCUUUUUCUUUUCUCUUUCCUACCUCUCUUCGCGCGCGACAAGCCAUGUGUAGUUUACCAAGUAACUUCUUUCGUGGCUUUUGUUUGUUUGUGCUGGAGCUCAGAGUGAUGAAUGUGUGACAACGACCCCCCGAUAGAGAGCAAACAAAUAGAAAUGCACUGUUUGAAUUUGUAACAGAAACAGGGUAGCUGAUUGGUCUUUUUCUCUCUCUUUAGGUUGUAAAGGGCGUCAUCUGCGUUCAUGACUAAGCGAUAAGGCUGGCAGGAGUGCCUUGUGAACUCUUGAGAUCCUUCUAGACGGUUGGAAGGACGGGGGAGGUUGUGGAGUCGACAAGGGGGUUGGGGGAGCAUAUAGAGUGUAGUCUCUGCCAGUUUUUACAUAAUAUACACGGUUAUUUCUCUUUGA